UGAGCAAAAGAAAAGUUUUGAACAAACAACAAUUUAAUGGCUCCAAUUGAAUCCAAAAUCAAUGAACAAAAUAUGGAAAAUAAUAAUAAUCUUUGGGGUACUCAUAGUUUAUGGAUUAAUUUAGUAAUUGAUCCAAAAAGUUUGAAUGAAGAAUUUCUACAAAAUCAUAAUGAAAAUGAAAUAUUCGAUCUUAUGAUUUAUCUUAUUCAUAAUGGUAUUGCCAUACAAGUUACAUUAGUAUCAUUACAUGGUAGUACAAAUGUUGAUGAUAUACAAAAACGUAAUAUUGAAAUGAAAAAAUUAUUAACGAUAAAAUUCCUGUUAUUUAAAUUAUUAUCAUAUUUUCGUUGGAAUUUAUCCAUAAUUCAUACAAAUCUACCAAGUGUACAUCAAGAAUUUUGUUUUACUGAAUUUAAAAAAUAUUGUGAACAAGAAAUCAAUGUUGUACCGGAAGAUUGGCGAAUAUUUGCCGAUCUAAUCUAUCAUCGAUGGAUUGUUUAUUUUGAACAGAAAAGUACAUAUCCAAAUAAAAAUAAUACCAAAUCAAAUAAUCUUCAAAAUCCAACAAAUCUUGAUCCAUAUACUGUACCGGCCGAAAUGCAAGAAAAUUUAUUGAAAAAAUUACAAACAACAUGUCAUUAUUCGGUAAAUGAAAUUGAAAAAUAUAUUAAACAAUUAGAAUCGAAUGAUAUUGAACAGGUGAUUAUGCCAACAUUUGAUUGUUUUGUUGUUGUUGAACAAGAUUUUCGUUUUUUUAAUCAUCAAAAUAUUAUUCGUAUCAAUAAAAAUGAAUCACUUGAUAUACUUUAUUAUGAUCUUGGUAUUUGGAAUUAUAUUCAUGAAGAUUAUUGUAAAGCAAAUGAUUAUUUUUCUAAAAUUAAAAAUAAAUCUUCCUAUGAAAAUUGUCAAGAUUAUCUUCAUAUAACAUCAUGUAUGAUAUCGAAAAAUUAUAAAUUUGGUGAUAAAAAAAUCAAUGAAACAUUGGAUAAAAAAUUGACAAAAUUUCUAACAUUUUAUAUCAAACAAAAUAAUGGUGAUGAUAAUUAUAUUUGUUUGGAAAAUUUUGAUUAUGAAAAAAAUAUUGAUGGAAAAAAAUUUGCACAAAUUCUGAAGAAUUUUUAUCAAACAUGUAAAAAUAAUCCGGAAGAAUUGUAUCAAUUUAAACGGCUUUCGAUUUAUUUAAUAUUUAAAUGUAAAAAUUUAUAUGAAAAUUUGGAUCCAAAUUUUCGUUCAUUAAUAAUGAAAACAAAUCAAAAACAAGAUUUUAAUGAAAAAAAUGAUAACGAUGUUAUUGAAGAAGGUGAAAUUCAUGAUGAAGAUGUUGGUGGCCAUUUAGAUGAUGAUGAUAAUGAUGAUGAUAAUAAUGAUCCUGAACUUUGUAUACUGCAAGCAACUGAUCCGGAAAAAAUUCUUAGCCUUAUUCCAUCGAUUCAACAUAUACCAUCAUUGAUGAAUAAUAAAUGGAAUUUACAAAAAUUUGAAUCAAUUUUGGCCAAUUAUUCCAAUACAUUGAGCCAAGCGGAUCUAAGAAAAAUUCAUAUAAUUUUAGCUAAAGCUAAUGAAUUACGAAAGGCAAAAUAUUUUCAUGAAUCAAGAGUACUUUAUCUUUCGCUACUUGAAGAUAUACAAGCAUCACAACCAAUUUUGGCUGAAACAAUUCGUUAUGAAUUAUUACAAACUGAUCUGGAAAAAUUUUUUUUCCCAAAAACAAAAUCAAAUGCUCAACAAAUUCGUGAUUUGAAUGCAAAAUGUUUAGAAUUUUGUCGUUAUUUGGAUACAAAAAAAUUUAUAUAUUUUAAUGAAUUGGCCGAAUUGGUUUGUUUAUUUCUGAUUGAAUAUAAUUGUAAUAAUUCAAUUUUAGAAAUGAUUAAUCAUCCAGUCGAUAUGAUUAGAUUUGCAUCAUUAUUAUGUCAUUUGACUAUUAAUCAAGAUUCACGUGAAAAUAAAGCUAAAGAAUUUUGGGAUUUUUGCCUAGGUUCAUUUAUAUUACCAACAUCAAAAUAUUCAAAUAAUUUUCCACGUAUUAUGUUUUCAAUAUCAUUGGCUGAUUUUAUUUGUAAAUUGAAAAAAAAUAUUAUUGCUAUCAAUAUGAUUGCAGCAAGUUUAAUGAAACUUUAUUUUACAAUCAAAGAAUAUUCAUUGCAACCAUUAACAAUGAUUUGUCGUAAAUAUUAUGAUCUAUUUCCAUCAUCAAUGUCAACCAAUCUUAUCAAUUCGAUUGAUAGUCAAUUAUUAAUCAUUACGAUUGAUCAAACAUUUCGUUCAUUUAUCUGUCUAUUACCUGACGAAAUUGUUAUGACAAGAUAUUAUACAGAAUUUUUAAUGAAUGAAAAUCAAUAUACACAAGCAAUGAAAUAUUUACUUAAAAUAUUUAUGUAUCGAACAUAUUAUUUUACACAAUUUGAACAUUUUACAUCGAUCGAUGAAUAUAUUAUACAACAAAUGUUAAUUUGUGCAAAAAAAUUAGAUCAUCAUAUUCUGGCAGCUAUCCUUUAUCAAUUUCAAACAAAUCCUGAUUAUGGUCAUGCAUUUAAAGAAUUAUCACAAAAUAAUUUUAUCGAUUCAUCCGAUGAUCUUUAUGAUUGUAUUUGGGAUAUAACUCUAUUGGAAUAUUUAAUUCAUUAUCAUACACGACGUGGUGAAGAUGAACGUAAACAAAAAGCAAUACAUCUUAUAUCACAAUUAGAUAUUAAUUCGAAUAAUAAUGAAUUUAUUUUAGAACAAGCAUCAAAUUUACGUAAAUCAAAAUUAUUUCGUAUGUUAGCUAAACAAUAUCUUUGAAAAAUUCAAAUGUGUUUUAAUACUAAUGAUAUAAUAAAACCCUUAA